AUCGCGUGAAAACAAGGUUAUUUGUAUCAUAGCCACUACUUUUCUCAAUGUCGUACUUUUGAAUGCUAUAUGUAUGACAAUCGGUCUGUAUAUGUUUUUUAAGCAGUUGCAUGGUAAAUGGUCUAAUUUAUCCAAAAAAGGGCGACAUAACAAACUCAAAACUUUCUUUACUAGGGAAAUAUUUUUAUCUUUGCAUUAGUAAGGGGGCCGAUUCUAAAAAUUGCUUCCGUUAAGACUGUUGUGAAUUCCCUGCUGUGAGGGCUGGACAGCGAACGAGCUGCCUCGCUUUGGGACGACUGUGUUGCUGCGCAUGCGCAGAGUAUUCUUAAAAAGACCGCGGUUGAGGGAAAAAAGUUCGUCCUCGGCCGAGUAUUAAGGCCAUUAUCCGUCCUAGUGUCGACAUUUAGAGCACGUGUGAACCGGAAAACGCGAGCACAAGUGCGGAAAUAAAGCGGAAGUUGCGGUACACGUCCCGAAGCCGUCUGUAAUGGCGGCGGAGGCGUGUCAACAAAUAGCGUGACGGCACGAUGACAGGCCCCUUUCAACUCUUUGAUGCUUUGAUCUUCUCUUCCCGAUAUAAGUUGUUUUUUUCGUUAUGAAUUUCUACACCAAAUGCCAAAGAAGCAGACAAGUGUUGCUGUCAUUGGUGUGCAUCUUCUUUCCUAAAGAUAAGCAAGUGUAUACAUGGUGAUGAUGUGGCACUUCCUUUGGCCUUCUGUCCUCCUGGGAGUGUCUCUCAACAUUUGUCCAGCAUGCCCUCUGGAAAUCCAGAAGGAAAUGAACCACUACUACGUUUCCAGAAGGAAAUGAACCACUACUACGUUGCCAGGGGGUCAAGUGUCCAGCUACCCUGUGCGUACACGGAGGUCUUGUGGAGUAUCGAGUCUGCAGACCGAGAGGAGCAACCCAUCAUUUGGUUUACUGGCGGCCGCUUGUAUUCCGAUUUGUACAAACCAAUGGAGGGGAGGGUCCACUUCACAUCAGCCGAUCCCCAAAAUGGAGACGCGUCUAUCAUUAUCAAAGAUGUACGUCCGUCAGACACGGAGAUGUACCGCUCUCUGGUGAAGAAGUUACCAGAACUGGACAAGAAGAUCUUAGACCUGACAGUCAUGGAGGCACCCAGGCAGCCUCUGUGCAGUGUGGACGAAGAAGACAACAGUAUGACGCUGAAAUGCAGCUCUCUGCAAGGCACCCCACCUUUGCAUUACAUCUGGUCCAAGACCACUGGAAAUAAGGUCUUGCCUACACAGGCCAUUGUUGACCCCGCAGGAGCCACCUUGCAUUUCAACAUCACCGAACGGCAGUGUGGAAGCUAUCGCUGCACGGUGGAAAGUAUGGUGGGCACCAAACACUGUGACCUUCACCUGGAUUGUUCGCUGCCCCAGGACAACAAUGUGAGCAGUCCAUGAUUGCUAACAACCACUGCAGUCGCUGCAAUCGUUGUCACUAUCACCACACUCUUCAUUGUCACAGUUGUCCUUGCCGUAUUCCUCUACCGCAAACGAAAAGAGCAAC